AUGGCACUCAUUGCUACAUAUCACUAUACACAGGAAAAGAGAGAAGUGUUAUACAGCAGUAUGUCAUACGCUUAUUUGUUUAAGUACAUCAUCAUCGGUGACACUGGUGUUGGCAAGUCAUGUCUCUUAUUGCAAUUUACGGACAAACGCUUUCAACCUGUACAUGAUCUUACGAUUGGUGUCGAGUUUGGUGCACGUAUGAUUAACAUUGAUAAUAAGCAAAUUAAGCUUCAGAUAUGGGAUACAGCUGGACAAGAGUCGUUUCGUUCAAUUACACGCUCGUAUUAUCGUGGAGCUGCUGGAGCGUUGCUGGUGUAUGACAUUACUCGACGAGAGACGUUUAACCACUUGACGAGAUGGUUGGAGGAGGCACGUCAGAAUUCCAAUUCAAACAUGGCGAUUAUGCUUAUUGGAAACAAGAGUGAUCUGGAACACCGUCGUGCUGUGAGUUUUAAAGAAGGCGAACAGUUUGCCAAGGAAAAUGGACUUAUUUUUCUUGAAACGUCGGCUAAAACUGCUGCUAACGUGGAAGAAGCUUUUGUCAAAACUGCAUCAAAGAUUUACUCGAACAUUCAGUCGGGUAUUUGCGACGUCACGAACGAGGCACAUGGCAUUAAGGUGGGCAUGACUGGCUCACCAGGCCCUGGUGGCUUUGGCAACUCGAAUCCUCCUGCCAACCGAGGUUGUUGCUAG